UGAAAUUGACUAUACAUUUGGUUAUUGUGUUUCAAAGUAAUUUAAUAUAAAGAAAAUCUUCUAUAAAUAUUUCAAAAGUGAAAGCAUUAAUAGCAUGGUUAUACAUACCGUUUUGCCUUGGCAAAAGCGUUGAAUUUUCUUUUCGUUGUCGUAGCGAGAAAAUAUAAAUCUGCACAACAUAAAAAAAGUUUAAAGGAAAAGAAAGAUAAACGAUAAAGUAAAGAGACGACUAUCAACAGCACAAGCAAAUGAAAAAGAAUAUUGUGCAAAAUAACGAGCUGCAAGGCCCAGUAUAACUCAACGAGUAACGAGUUGCCACCGUAGAAUCAAGUGCCAAUGUGUGGUGCGACCUUCUGGCCUCGGGCUAUCUUAAGCCAAAUAUUGAAAUUAAAAAAUUGUGCUUAAAGUAUAAAAUCUAGUUUAUUAAUAAUAGCAAAAAUAAUAUUUGGUUAAGUUGGGUGAUCUAAACGCUGUCGGAGGCAGCAUUGCAACAACGCGCCUCUAGAUUUAGUGUAGGAUUGCAGUGUAUGCACUACACAAAUAUAUAUCAAAAAGACGAAUUUUGUAAGAAAAAGGAGAAAAGAGAACGUUGUAACAGAUUUUCACUUGGUUGAUGUGCGACAGUAAAUGUAUCAGCGGAAAUGAUUUGUAAAAAGGACGUUAUCCAAUGGUUUAAAGAACUCGAGAGUUAUAAAAGGAUCGACACGAUGUGCACUUUGCUUAACAUGUGUUUACCGUUUGAGUUACGGUUCUUAGGGACAUGCCUAGAAGAGUUGGGCCGGCGCGAUUCGCAAGAGUUGCGUGGCAUGGAAUUAAGAGUUAAUAAUCCCCAAGAUUUGGCAUCUGAUAUGGUUGCAUGUCAGAAAGGCGAACCAACUGAUAAGAAAAUAAGGCGAAAAAUGGCGCUUUAUUUAGCAUUAAUACGAGCUUGCAAUCGUACCUGUGUGACGGAGAUAUUUCGAACGUUGGAUGGUUGGGGUGACAGAGACUUUCUUAAUAUGAAUGACUCAGAUACUUUACAGGAACUUUUAUUGGUUUACACCAUGGCAGCAAAUCAUCCGGUGUUUUCAUUUGAUCAGCAAUGCAAAUGCACUCAAAUUUUUGAGAAAAUUAAAGAAAACAAGUUGGUGGCGGAUUUUCAAUCUCCGCUUCCCCAACAGCCGAGUAUUGACCCAACGCUAGUUCAUACUCAACAUCAGCAGGAACCACGUCAACAUUUGCCUCCGUCCCACCAGGAAAUUCCACAGCAGUUACUUCAUGCAAUGCAUAUCCCUGGACAACCGCAUCCACAAAUAUUAACACCCGUCAACAUCAUGCCAAUGACAUUUCCACAAGGUCUUCAUAAGAUCAUUCAAGCAGAUGGAACAAUGCAACACCCUGUUCCUGUUGAUCCUCAUAUGAUUCCAUUAAAUGUCAUUCCAACUGAGUCGAAUCCAAUUUUUCAGCCAACAUGGCAACGCAUGUAUCCCCACACGGUUGAGCAUCCGCCGCAGUCGGCAUCGCCGAUGCUAAGCCAACAAUCCUCUCCAUCAAGUAGCCGAACCACAAGCCCAAACCGGAAUGCUAGUAGCAAUAUGAUGCUACCUGGCAUGCAGUUGCAAUCACGAAAUAUUCCGCAAAGAAUGAGUGCCUCAUUGAAAAAUGUCAGGCGUCCAUCAGCUGAAACUACACCACCACCAAUGGGGCAACAGCAGCAUCAACAACUGAUACACGACAUUAAUAUGACAACCAACAUAAAGAAUAUAGAUGAUGCUGUAGCAAGCAACGAAGGCACCGGUAAUCCUCUACAGGCGUUGAUUCGCAAUGGUUAUCCACGCCGGCAUAAGUCAGGCAAUUAUACACCGCUUAUUCAUCAGCAGCAACAACAAUUAGCGGUGAAUCCACAUUUCCAACCGGUUGCAAAUUUCGCUGGUCUAGCUUAUUCAAUGCAGAAUAUGUCAAUGUCUGAUGGCACUGGUACUGGUUUAGAUACCACAUUAGUACCGGGAUCGUUAAAUGCGAAUAAAAGUGGUGGCAGUGAUACAGGUAGUUCCAAUGGUUCGUGUGGUGACGCUUCACCGCCAGAAACGCCAACGCUUUCAGGUACUACAAAUGUGCCCGGCUUACGACUUGGUAAUGAAAAUCAACUGCAAAAACAUCAACAGUUGGGCUAUAAUAAACAGACGGGGAAUACAAGGCUUAACGGACGCUCAGAUAAAAUGAUUUCAGCGAAUGUUGUUGUGAAUUCCGUUAGCACGACUGCAAGUGGUAUGUAUACAACACCAAUGAUGAAUACACAUCCGGCGCUAACGCAACAGUCACAACCAAUGUAUGGUGCUGAAAUUAUUUUAGCAUCCGGUAGUAAUGCUGGUGGCAUUGGUUUAAUGCAAACAUCGCUGGCCAAUAACAAUAAUAGCGGCGGCAUUGGCAAUAAUAUUGCAGUUGUUAAUACGACUUCAAAUAUCGGCACCAGUAAUAAUAAUCUAGCAACUAAUCCCGUUUUAAUGAGUUCUCCAUCGCCGGGUGUCGCUAGUGGUGGUGGUAGCAUUAUAACCAAUAUGACACCGAAUCCGCUUAUCCUGCCCACGCCACAUCAACAGCAAUAUAACGCCACCUACCCAUAUCAUGCAGCGCCUACUGCCCAACAUCAGCGUUUGAUGAGUCAUACCGGUGGUCCAGCACCGCCACAAUUACGACUUAUGCCGAACGAACACAUUUAUUCAUAUUAUCAAAUACCAGGCGCGGCACCGCCCGGUGCGCCGCCCCUCGCAUUACGUCCGACUAAUGCGUUGCCACCCCCACCUAAUACAAAUGUGACAUCGGGUGUUACAGGUGUGCUGCAGGUGCAGCAACAACAGCCCACCGCGCAGGCGCUUCAAACUAAUCCAACUAUUGUCGCCAGUCCAACGAUAUUGACUGGUGGUACGCCGUACAGCACGCAGGCAGCGCAAAUUGUCAGUAAUAAACAUUUAUCGUGUUACAAUUGUGGUUCGCAGAGUCAUAGUGGGCCCGAUUGUCAAGAAGCGUCCAUGGAGGACGUUACCCGCAGCGCCAUAUAUAAAUUAGACUAUUCCGGAUCGUCAAGUGCGUCACCAACUGUGUCGUCGGGUGCGAAUAGUGUGACUGUUGGUAGUGCGGGCGCUGGGGGUAUUGGCGGUGCUGCUGCUGGGGGUGCUGGUGGUGGUGGAGGUGGUGUUGGAAGUGGCGGUAGCAGUGGUGGUGGUGGGGCUAUAACAGACUCUUUGCAAAUACAGCAUCACCCGCAACAACAACACCAUCAAAAACAACACACAGUGGAAGUAACUGGUGCAACAUUGGUCGGUACACAGUCGAGUGCGACCACACUACAUUCGUCCACGCCCGUCGCCAGUGCACUGAACACAAAGUGAAGUUAUGUUUGGCAAAUUUUUGAGUGCGGUGUUUGAAACUCAGCAUGUCUGUAACUCUUAUGUGUUAUACAACCUUAACUAUUAUCGCUCCCGAAAAGUGUUAGUUAAGUUGAUAAAAAAAAGUUAUGGCGGGUUGCGAAGACAAACUGAAAAUAUAGUGUAAUGAUAGUUGAGGCUUGCCAGCUCUUUGCUGUGCUUGCAGUAUAGAGAUUUAUACAGUUAUGAUUAGCGGAAAUCAAAUUUCACGCUUCUCUAGCGCAUAAGAUUUAAAAUUAGUGAAACUUUUUAAUAACAAAUGAUUAAUAUAUACAUAUUUCAAUGUUGAAUAAGACUUAAUUAAUUAAUUAGCGCGUAUAACAUCUGAAAUCGUGUUAUAGAGUUAUAACAAAUGCAAAAGGUUUGCUAAACUUAUUAUACGGAUAUAGGAAUGCGAACAAAUAAUAAAAAAUACUCGUUUGUACGUCCAUGUAAAUCUAAACAUAUUACUACACACUCAAUUCGGACUGUAUGUAUUAUGUAGUAUGACAAUUUAUUAUAAGCAAUUACAAUUAUAUACUCUUAAAAUGUUUCUCAACGUAAAUUCGUAAGCAAAUUGAAAAAAAAAAAUGUAAUUAAGUCAGCUGUAUUUAUUUAUUUAGUAAACUUAAAUUUCCAUUUAACAACGUUAGCCAUGUGUGCAUGGCUUUGAAAGUCAAAACUUCUAGAACAAAUUAAAAAAUUCUCUUUUUUUGCGAAAUUAAUUCGUUAAAAUAUUCUAAUAAUUAAGUACAUUAAGAAUUCGCGCUGCAUGUAAUAAAUUUUAUUAAGAACUUUUUGAAUAACUACAUAUACAUAAUUUAUGAUUUAGAAGUUUGUAGUAUGUGUAUGCAUUUUUGCAUGUGCGUUAACUGACUGUGUUGAAAUAUUUCGUUCGCAUUACUAUAACUGUACGUGAAAGAUGUGUGUGCAUAUAUGUAUAUAUAUGUAAAAUCCGUGAAAACGCCUAUUAGUACAUAUACAUAUAUACUCCGUGCCAUGCACAACUUCAUCGCUGUAUGAAAGUGGUAAUAACAAUCGUACGUUCGGAUCAGAUAACAAAAAAAUAAUUGGAGAUGAAUCAAAUUAGGAAUUAAUAAUUUGUGUUUUACAGUAGUCACAUUCUUCUAUGUAGUAUAUAUAAAUGUAUAUUUAAGUAAAAAAUAAUUAUUGUUAAAUGAAGGAUAUGAAAGAGUUAAAUAGUAACCUAUGAAAAAUGAAAGUAGUUGGAGAUGAUGAGAGCAAUGAGAAACAUUUAUAUUAAAUACACAUAUAUGAGUAUAUAUUAAUCCAAUACAUAUUAAUUACAGAUAUUCUCUAAAUAUGUAAACAAACGCCGACAAGAGAUAUCCCUGUUUCUGUAUACAUACAUACAUAUAUGAAUAAACGUCGAAAAGUGAAAUGAAAAAACGGCAAAAUGCGCCAACAUGCGAUUUUGAAAUGCAUAUGUAUGUAGGUAUGUGCGAUUCGAUGUAGCAGGAUUAUAUGAAGUUCUUGUUAUAUCUGCAUAUAUUAUUUUGUUCUAAUUGUUGGUAUUCGGACUUUGUAUUUAUGUACGUAGUGUUAAAACCAAUUUUUUGAACAAACGCUCGCAACUUACUGAUCAAUGGCAUUUGCUAAGAACAUACUAAAAGUAUAUAUACACUCAUACACAUAUUCGCACAGAUUUAGCAGUCGGAAAGUAAAUAUAUAUAUAUAUACUACAACAUAUACAAUUACAAUUAACCUGUACAUGUAAAUCGCUCUCCUGCUUAAAGUUAAGGUGAACAAAGCUAAAUAUUCUUGACUACUUCUUUUAACUGAUAAAAUAUUAUUUCCUAUUUUCGAAA